AGGAAGCCAUAGCGCCAGUGGCUCGCGACCUUUCUGGGCGCUCCGGACCGGCCAUGUUUGCACUCCGAAACAGCCUGAGGAAGGCGUUCUCCGCGCGGACGCUGACGCCCCAGGUGUGUUCAUCUUUUGCCACAGGUCCCAGACAAAAGGAUGGAACAUUCUAUGAAUUCCGUACCUAUUAUCUUAAGCCCUCCAAGAUGAAUGAGUUCCUGGAAAAUUUUAAGAAAAAUGUUCACCUCCGGACAGCUCACUCUGAAUUGGUCGGCUACUGGAGUGUAGAAUUUGGUGGCAGAAUGAAUAAAGUAUUUCAUAUUUGGAAGUAUGAUAACUUUGCUCAUCGAACUGAAGUCCGGAAAGCAUUGGCCAAAGAUAAAGAAUGGCAAGAACAGUUCCUCAUUCCAAAUUUGCCUCUCCUGCAUAAACAAGAGAGUGAAAUUACUUAUCUGGUACCAUGGUGUAAACUAGAAAAACCUCCAAAAGAAGGAGUCUAUGAAUUGGCUACUUUUCAGAUGAAACCAGGCGGCCCAGCUCUGUGGGGUGAUGCGUUUAAAAGGGCAGUUAAUGCCCAUGUUGCUUUGGGAUACACAAAACUAGUAGGUGUUUUCCACACAGAAUACGGAGCACUCAACAGAGUUCAUGUCCUUUGGUGGAAUGAGAGCAUGGACAGCCGUGCUGCUGGGAGACAUCAGUCCCAUGAGGACCCCAGAGUUGUGGCAGCUGUUCGGGAAAGCGUCAACUACCUAGUGUCUCAGCAGAACAUGCUUCUAAUUCCGACGUCGUUUUCACCUUUGAAGUAGUGUUCUAAAACAGAAACUACUUCACUGAGUGCGAGAUGCAUGUACUAAUGGUGCUUAAAGUCUGCUAAGAGAUUCUUUGAUUUGAACAAAGUGGUAGGCUGAUCUUUUGUCCCCACCUCUCCAGGGACUAGUUCUGCUCAUUUUCUCCUUGGCAUUUCAGCAUUUGUUAUUUCUUGAAAAUGAUUGUCCUACUUGGUGAUCUUGUUUUCUUGUAUUCAUUUCAGAGUAACUGUGAAUUUUGAUAAUGUUUUGCUUUACAUUAUGUCCUUGUGAUAUUCAAUUAUUUUCUAUGUCCCUGCUUGACAAUAUUGUUAAACUAGUCAUACCUAAUGUCUAAUUUUUCAUCCUGUUUCUUCUAAGAUUUAAAAUUAUUUUCCAGUAAAAUGUAUAUGUGACAUUAAAAGAGACUACAAAAUAUUAGAUCAAGUAUAUUUCUUUCCUUUGGGAGUGUAUACUAUCUGUAUUGGGGUUUUCACAUGGUAUAAUCAGGAAAAUAAUAUAAUUAGGUCAUGCUUUAAAAAUAUAGAGACUUAUCAGUUAACAUGCUCAAAUGUGUUCAUUUAUGGUUUUGCUCCUUUUUACUUUUUAUCAUUGUUCCACAAAGUUUUGGGGACAUUUAUUUGUAUUAAAGAGACCUGUAUGGGCGUGGAAAUGUUUGCUUUAAUAAAGCCCAGUAUCCCUGCCACACUGUAUCCUUCCAGGGUUCGCUCAAAUUAGCAAAAGAGCACUGAACAUUGCCU